AUGUCCACAGAGUGCGUCGAUCCUUGGACAGGAGGGCCACAGGGCCAGGCCCUGAGUCCAGGUGGGCAGUAUGGGGCCUUGGCUCCAGGUAGCUGUCUGCCGCCCUCUGAGUCUGCCUCCUGGAGCCUGCCCCGCUGGAGGGCAUACUUGGCUGCUGCUGUUCUCUGCUACAUAAACCUUCUGAACUACAUGAAUUGGUUCAUCAUCCCAGGAGUGUUACUGGAUGUCCAGAAGUAUUUUCACAUCAGUGACAGCCAUGCUGGUCUGCUGCAGACAGUCUUCAUCGGCUGCCUGCUGGUGUCUGCGCCUGUGUUUGGCUAUCUGGGUGACCGCCACAGCCGCAAAGCCACACUGAGCUUUGGGAUCCUGCUGUGGUCAGGAGCUGGCCUCUCCAGCUCCUUCAUCUCCUACCAGUAUUCCUGGCUCUUCUUCCUGUCCCGGGGGGUCGUGGGCACUGGAGCAGCAAGCUAUUCCACCAUUGCACCCACCGUCCUGGGGGACCUCUUCGUGAAGGACCAGCGGACCUGUGCGUUGGCUGUCUUUUACAUCUUCAUCCCUGUUGGAAGUGGUCUGGGCUACGUGCUGGGGUCAGUUGUGGCGGAUCUGACAGGGAACUGGCGUUGGGCCCUCCGAAUCAUGCCCUGCUUGGAUGCUGUGGCCUUAGUUCUGCUCAUCCUGCUGGUUCCAGACCUACCCCGAGGAGCAGCUGAGAAACAGGAAGAAGGGGCUGUGGGGGCUCCGAGGAGCAGCUGGUGUGAGGAUGUCAGAUACUUGGGGAGAAACUGGAGUUUCGUGUUUUCAACCCUCGGAGUGACAGCCAUAGCUUUUGUGACUGGAGCGCUGGGCUUCUGGGCACCCAAGUUUUUGUUUGAAGCUCGCGUGGUCCACGGCCUACAGCUUCCCUGCUUCCAGGAGCAGUGUGGCAGCCAGGACAGCCUGAUUUUUGGGGCACUGACUGUUGCAACUGGCAUUAUUGGUGUCAUCCUGGGGGCGGAGGCCUCAAGAAGGUACAAGAAGGUGAACCCCAGGGCCGAACCCCUCAUCUGUGCCUCUAGUCUGUUUGCCACAGCUCCCUGCCUCUACCUGGCGCUCAUCUUGGCCUCAAGGACCCUCCUGGCUUCCUAUGUGUUCCUGGCCCUUGGGGAGCUCCUUCUGUCUUGCAACUGGGCAGUGGUUGCUGAUAUCCUGUUGUCGGUAGUGGUGCCUAGGUGCCGGGGCACAGCAGAGGCGCUCCAGAUCACCGUGGCCCACAUCCUGGGAGAUGCUGGCAGCCCCUACCUCACCGGACUUAUCUCCAGUGUCCUGCAGACUGGGCGCCCAAACUCCUACCUGCAGCGCUUCCUCAGCCUGCAACACAGCUUCCUGUGCUGUACCUUUGUCAUCGUGCUGGGUGGUGGCUGCUUCCUACUGACUGCACUGCACCUGGAAAGAGACCAGGCCCGGGCCAGGCAGUCUGGCAAAGGAACUCUGGACAGCAAGGAUGUAGCCAGCAGGAACACCGAGAGCCAAGGCCUGCUCUCCUCCAGCACCAGCACCCCAGCAGAGGAGCCCUGAGCCCAUCUUGCAGUGAGCAGGCUCCAUCCUACCCACAUCCUCCUGGUGGCCCCACCCAUCUUGGCUGUGACUCAGGGACUCCAGCUAAGCUACACUGGCCACUUGUCCAGUCCCUGCUAGCGAGCUGCCAGGGCCCAGGAGCUGGCUAGAUUGACUUGUCACCACCCUCCAGGGAGGCUGGGCCCUGUGU